AUGGGCGACUCGAGGUUGAGUGUGCGAGCUUGUGUCAUGUGUCAAGGUUCGCCUUGUGGGAAAGUUCCGCCUGAGCUUGCAACCCUUGUCAGGUUCGUGCAUGCAAUGGAGGAUGCUACCUCACCUCACGUGACCUUGGCGAGUGUUCAGUACAGUAGGUACUUGUGCGAACGCCCGGGGAGUCUUUUCAAGAUGAUAGACUACAGCAGAGCACUGUUCUCGGCCGUCCUUGCUACCUCUCGCGAGACUUUGCCAUGCAAGGACUACUCAGCGUACACCAGACAGGUCAUGACGAUCCUCGCUGGCCCAGAAUCGGUCGAUGAGAGCCGAGCUCAUACUGUUCUCAGCAGUCCAAAGACCCACCGUUCAUCGGUCAGCGCUCAUAUGAGGCAUAUGGGGCCAGGAGGCUCCAUCGACUACCGGCAAUAUCUUCCAGAGCUCACUCGGUUGUGGGUGUGUAUCUGCGAUGGGAUGGCACAGCACGCACUGGCAUAUAAAGCUUCACGCCGCGCAGGAUGA